UGUGAAGAUUCUUUAGGUUGCAAAAGAACAGAGUCCACAAGAAUUCUCACUUUCCGUAAUGAGAUGUAGCUAUAGAAAAUCGAUUCGCAAAAAGUUACAAAUGACUUUUGUUUGGUUUCUGAUAAAAAAAACAAGUUAUUUGGCCGAAUCCAGUGGCUAUGCUGCUUCGUCUUUUUGCGCUCUCCUAAUGCCACAUGAUCUGAUCUGACGAGUGUCCAAAUUCACGUCAGACACACAAUUGUAAUCUGCUGAAACGUUUAUAUAUAUAUUUUUAAUUUCACAUAAAAACACUUCAAAAGUCUUUCUUGCUGUGCUGAACUUUGGAGGUGACGACACUGAGUCGAAGGCGUCGCCUUUAACUUUUCUUGUAGUUUGAGGCGAUUUUGGAGUUUAUUCUCUGGAUUUUGAGUUGUGGGGUUCACUCUCUACUUUGGUUUGUACUCGUUCGAAUCUAGUGGGUGUUGAUAAGCUUGAAGUGAGCAGAGCUUUUUUGCCUUUAGCUUGGAAAUUAAAGUCCGGAAGAAAUGUCUCUAAAGGCAUUAGACUACGAGUCACUGAAUGAAAACGUGAAGAAUUGUCAGUAUGCAGUCAGAGGCGAACUCUAUCUUCGUGCUUCUGAGCUUCAGAAAGAAGGCAAAAAGAUUAUUUUCACAAAUGUUGGAAACCCACAUGCUUUGGGACAGAAGCCUCUGACAUUUCCUCGUCAGGUGGUUGCUCUAUGCCAAGCUCCAUUUCUGCUAGAUAACCCAAACAUUGGGAUGAUAUUCCCAGCAGAUGCUAUUGCAAGAGCUAAGCAUUAUCUUUCCUUGACCUCUGGUGGUCUUGGUGCUUACAGUGACUCAAGAGGCCUUCCUGGAGUUCGGAAAGAAGUUGCUGAGUUCAUUGAACGGCGUGAUGGAUAUCCAAGUGAUCCAGAACUCAUAUUUCUAACUGAUGGAGCUAGCAAAGGUGUGAUGCAGAUCUUGAAUUGUAUCAUACGCAAUCAGAAAGACGGGAUUCUGGUUCCAGUUCCACAGUAUCCACUCUACUCAGCGACCAUAUCUCUGUUAGGUGGCACUCUUGUUCCUUACUAUCUCGAAGAGACUGACAACUGGGGACUUGAUGUUAACAACCUUCGUCAAUCUGUUGCUCAGGCUCGCUCUCAAGGAAUAACAGUAAGGGCAAUGGUGAUAAUCAACCCCGGAAACCCAACUGGUCAGUGUCUUAGCGAGGCUAACUUAAGAGAGAUCUUGCGGUUCUGUUGUGAUGAGAGAUUGGUUCUUCUUGGAGACGAAGUGUAUCAGCAAAACAUAUACCAAGAUGAGCGACCCUUUAUCAGUUCCAAGAAGGUUUUGAUGGAUAUGGGAACACCCAUCAGCAAGGAAGUUCAGCUCAUAUCGUUCCACACCGUUUCUAAAGGUUAUUGGGGAGAAUGUGGGCAACGAGGUGGUUACUUUGAGAUGACGAAUAUCCCUCCCAGGACCGUUGAGGAGAUAUACAAGGUUGCAUCUAUAGCUCUCAGUCCCAACGUCUCUGCGCAGAUAUUUAUGGGUUUAAUGGUUAGCCCACCAAAGCCUGGAGACAUUUCUUAUGACCAAUUUGUUCGUGAGAGCAAGGGAAUAUUAGAAUCGCUGAGAAGAAGAGCGAGGAUCAUGACUGAUGGAUUCAACAGCUGCAAAAACGUAGUAUGCAACUUCACGGAAGGUGCUAUGUACUCGUUUCCUCAAAUAAAGCUGCCGUCGAAAGCAAUCCAAGCGGCGAAACAAGCCGGAAAAGUCCCUGACGUUUUCUACUGCCUUAAGCUCUUAGAAGCCACAGGAAUCUCCACAGUUCCUGGCUCUGGAUUUGGACAGAAAGAAGGGGUGUUUCAUCUGAGGACAACGAUUCUUCCUGCGGAAGAAGAGAUGCCAGAGAUUAUGGAUAGUUUCAAGAAGUUCAACGAUGAGUUCAUGUCUCAGUACGGUGAUAACUUUGGUUACUCAAGAAUGUGAGAAGAAAGGACUCGAGAACACUUCCUUCUUCUUUCCACUCUCUUGAAAAGCUAUAAGCCAAUGGUCCUAUACUCUGUAAAACGCUUCUUAUGCUUUUGAAAACCUUUGAUGUAUCUAUUGGAAUCUAUUUGGAAAAACAAACACAACAUAAUAACCAUCUCAAUUUCAUCUCUAUUAUUGUGAAAGUAGGCAGAGAGAUUAAAAUGUUCUGUUAAAGUACAUUUAUUCAAGUUUUUGGUAGAUAAAGGAAUAUUCUGU